CCCAGGGGUCUCUAUCUCGCCUCCAUUUUCUACAAGGAUGACAAUAUUCUGGUGACCCCCGAAGACCAGAUCCCGGUGGUGGAGAUUGAUGACACCUAUUCCUGCUUGCUUAUGCAGGAUUUCCUCUGGUUCACCAAGGUGUCAUGCAUGUGGGAUGAAAUCAUGUGGCUGCGACAGUGCGUUUCCGUCUCCCAGUCUUCCUGUUCAUGCGUUCUCCAAACGCGCUUCAAGAUGCUGCUGGCCAUCUCACAGAUGCAGGGUCUGCUAGGAAUCCAAGACCUGGGUCAGGUGUUCUUCGAACCCAUCAAAGACAAGCAGGGGAACAUUUUGGUGGUCACCCUAAAAGAAGUGAAGACCACCCAGACUUUUGAGAGCGUUCGCUGGGUCCCUCUCUCGAAGCUGCAGACCACUCGCAAGUCAAUUUCUUCCCCCGAAGAACCUACAGCUCUGGAUGUCCUUCUCAUGACCAUGCAGGAGAAAUUAGCUUACCAUCAGAACAGCAGCCAAGCACUUCACCCUGGACUUUAUCUGGGUUACCUGAAGCUCUGCAGCGCAGUUGACCAGAUCCGAGUACUGGUGCCUGAACAAUUACCCAACAUCUUAUGUCAUGUGAAAAUACGGAGCAAUCCCAACAUAUCUCGAGAGGAAUGGGAAUGGCUGCAGAUCCUGGCUAGCAUGGAAGACCCCGUUCCCUCGGAGCAAGAACUGGAAACUUCUCAGCAGCUUUUUCUGCAGGAGCUCCAAGGGGCCAUCAGAGAGUUGAUGCAACUGGUCAACAUCCCACUUCACGAG